AUGGGUCUCACUGUGGAAGAAGAAGCCACGCUGGUUGAUGAUGCAAUUCCACUUGUGGGCAAUGGAACUUUCCAACAGCCAAUCGAUCACAAGGACCCAUCGAAGGGCACUUUUUCCACGUCCUUCUGGUACAACGCUACCAAUUGGGGUGGACCUGGAUCUCCAGUAGUUGUCUUCACGCCUGGCGAAGCGGCAGCGGCAGGAUACACUGGAUACCUCACACCACGUACCCUGACAAGCGCCAUUGCGACAGCUAUCGAUGGCGCCAUUAUUUUGAUCGAGCAUCGAUAUUGGGGCGCUUCCAGUCCGUGUGAAAACCAGACGACAACUUGUCUACAAUAUCUUACUCUUCAACAAUCCGUUGACGAUUUCGUCAAUUUUGCGAAACAUGCUCCCAUUCCGUUUGACGUCACUAACUCCUCUAAUGCUGAUCAGGCGCCCUGGAUCUGGGUCGGUGGGUCUUAUUCUGGUGCUUUGGCAGCUUGGAUUGAGAAACUUUCCCCUGGAACAUUUUGGGCAUAUCACUCUACCAGUGGCCCGGUAGAGGCCAUAUAUGACUUUUGGGAGUACUACUAUCCUAUUCAACAGGGAAUGCCGAAGAACUGCAGUCUCGACUAUGAGGCAAUCGUUGAUCAUGUUGAUUACGUUUUCAAGAACGGUACGGCAGAGGAGAAAGCGGCACUGAAGCAACAGUUUCUGCUGCAAGAUCUCGAACAUGAUGAUGACGCUGCAGUCGCUAUCUCCUCCCCUAUCUGGGCAUGGCAGAGUAUUCAGUUCUAUUCGGGCUAUUCUCAAUUCUACCAGAUGUGUGACGCAAUUGAAGGCUUCAAUGGUAACUCUACUGGAAAUUACUCGACCGGCUAUAGCGACAACGGCGUUGGCGUAGAAAAAGCAUUGCCGAAUUUCGCGACUUGGUUCACGACCACAUACCUUCCAGGAUAUUGCGAAGCAUACGGCUACAACGACUGGGCCGGGGAACUCAACGUACAAUGCUUCGACAGCUACAACAGCUCAUGGGAAAUGUUCAACGACUGGACGCCUGACAAUGCAGCAGACCGCCCAUGGGUUUGGAUGACGUGCAACGAGCCUCUAUUCUACUGGCAAGGGGGGGCACCCGAAGGUGUCCCAACGGUCAUGACUCGUCUAGCAACAGCGGAGUACUAUCAACGGCAAUGCUCCCUGUAUUUUCCGACCGAGGGCAAUAAUACCUUCCGCAGUGCCCUGGGGAUCCGUGAAGACUAUGUAAAUGACCGUACAGACGGAUGGUUCAACACGGACGCCCCACGCCUGUUAUAUGUCAACGGAGAAUUCGACCCCUGGCGUUCAGGGUCGGUCGCCUCUGAUUUCAGACCCAAUGGUCAGUUCAACGGAACUGAAGAGACGCCCGCUAUCCUCAUCGCCGGCUCGAGACAUUGCAACGAUCUAAUCAUGACCAACAAUGUUCAUCCACCCGUUGCAGAGGCGCAAGAAGCCGCUAUCAGCCAGAUGAAAGCAUGGGCUCACGAGUUCUGA